AUGGCGCACUUUAAAGUAACUACGCGAUCUUCUCUCCUGGUCUGUAUUUUUUUUUCUGGAAUUUCACUGGCAGAAUCAGUGCUGCCGUCUUGCAAUGGGGACGCGCGUCCUUUCUCAGUAUGGAUGGCCGACAGUGUCAUCUCUCGAGGACAGGCCAUCCUGCACCCCGGGACAACGCCAGAAGCCUCAACCUUCCUCCAAGUGGGUGUUUUUCAGAACGCCAUUCUCCAGUUGAAAAAUCACUACGGUACCCCGGAACAGGCAUGUGCACAAGCCAAUUGGGACGAAUAUUUGGCAGAAAGCACAGAGAGCGUCAUGCCCUGGCUUCUCAAUUCAACUCAGGACACCCAAUAUCCUCUGGAUCGAUUCUCCGAUGGGAAUGCUCUAUUCAACCAAUAUGAAACCACUAGAAACGAGACGUAUAAGGUGGCGCUGGAUGCUUUGCGUCAGUCAAUAGAUCUCCAGCCGAGAAAUAAAUAUGAGGGCUACUGGUACUUCAAGUACCCCAACUGGAGCUAUCUGGAUGGGAUGUAUUCGCUCAUCCCUUUCUAUUCCACCUACACGGCCCACUUCACGCCGCACAAUCGCACCGCCGUAGCCAAGGAUCUAGUCUACCAACUCGAGCUCCUCUGGACUCAUUGCCGCCAGAACAGCACUGGCCUAUUGGUUCAUGGAUACGACGCCUCCGAAACAGCCGUAUGGGCAAACCAAGCCACGGGCGCCAGUCCUAUCGUCUGGAUCCGCUCUCUGGGAUGGUACAUGAUGGCUUUGGUAGACCUGCUAGAGCUUUCCCGUCCACAUGGUGUUCUCAGUCAGGACCAGUGGAAUCAUAUCCACCGGCGCUUUGUCGCGCUUUCCAACGCAGUCAUGGCUGCAGCAGAUCCAGACAGCGGCUGCUGGUGGCAGGUCAUGACGGAGCCGAGAAGAGAAGGCAAUUACAUUGAGUCCAGCGGAUCGGCAAUGUUUACAUAUGCGCUCUAUAAAGGCGCGCGACUUGGCUACUUGAACGGUCGCCGUGACAAAUACUCCGGACCUGGACCCACAGAUCUCGCAAGUAAAUGUUAUGGCCAUAUGGUUGAGGACUUCGUAGUCGACAACAAGAACGGGACACUAGGCUACAACGGAACGGUGUCAGUGUGUAGUCUCAACUCGAGUGCUACCUAUGAGUAUUAUGUCCACCAACCGCUCCUCUACAACAGCGUGCAUGGCUCUGCCUCCUUUAUUCUUGCCAGCCUGGAACAUGAAGUUGCUGCCAACGUAUCUAGACAUUGA